UUUCAAACACUAUAACUAUAAGCAUUAUAAAUGAAUUUUGAUUUCAACGUAUUCAUACAGAAUUACUAAAACCAAUUGUAACUUGUCCCAAAAUUAUUUCAAUCAGUUAGAUAACUUAUUAAAACAAAGUUAACUAGUUAAUAUUAUUUAAUGAAAUGACAAAACAGUUAAAUAUACUGUUCAUACCGUUCCCAGUGGUGGGUCGUGUGAACGGCAGUGUCGGCGUUGCGGAGGUACUGAUAGCCGCCGGACAUAGCGUCACAUUCGCGGUGAGCCACCACUGGUUGGGAAGGCUAACAAAGUACGGCAUUCGGGAGGUACUACUCGAUGACACCGACACCUCGUCUCAGGACUUCAUCAAAUCAUUUUCCCAACAACUGGUUAAGUCACAGAUUGUGAGUUCAGUGUCCCCUUUGGAAAAGGCGAGGACUAGGGGCAAAAAGUAUCAGGAUAGAGUGGACAAGGUGCUAAAGUUGGAUAAACAUAUUGAGAAAAUGCUGAUAGAUUUGAAACCAGAUUGUGUAAUACUGGAUCAGUUUGUGGCCAUACCUUCUGUGGUACUGUCAGGUAUACCCUUUGUGAACUCAAAUAGCGUAGCGCCCCUAUCCAUGUGGGACGACCCCCGGACACCACCCCCGUCAUCGGGACUCUCUGCGAAUGGAGACAAGACAUUAUGGCAUCAAUUCCGGGAAGUUAUGUAUAAGAGUAAAGAGUCGUGGAUUCAAUUCAAUCAUUAUAUCGUCUCAAGAGGUGGACAACCGUUGAAUGAAAACUGUUUUCACGAUACAAAACAAGCCCUUAAUAUAUACGGCUAUCCAUUGGAGUUGGACUACACCGACAUCAGACCUCUGCCUAAGAAUUACAUCAGAUUUGAUAAUUUUAAGAGAACUGAAAAGGAGUUGGAGUUUGAGAUACCGGUGCCAUUGAGGGACAGACCUGGAAAAUUGAUAUACUUCUCAUUGGGAUCGAUGGCAUCUGCAGACGUGAAGAAUAUGAAGAGAUUA